AUGGAGAUGGCGCGCUCGGGAAUACUGCCAUAUGAAAAAUUCAAGAGAGUAUUCAAGGAAUUAUUUUUAAUUAGAGAAAUAAUAAAAGAAUCCAGUGAAGAUGUAAAAGUUACAUUUGUACAAACAGCUAAUGCAGAUAAAAGAGAUGAAGAUAACUCUACAUUUUUUACUACUUUUCAUUUUCCUUUGCAAAGUAUAGAAGAAUUGGACGAAAUGGAACACUAUCUCGAACAAUCGAAUUGUUUCCAAUCCACUGUUAAAGAACUGUUUAAAAUGGGAGGAGCUAGAGACCCUCUAUCAGAGUCUGGACACCUGAAGUCUGCCAUUAUUCAUCGAAAUUGUGCGAGAGAGAAAAAUCAUGCUACCUCACUCUAG